AUGAAUCAAACAGGAAAUACACGGGGCUGGAGAGGCUAGCUUUCAAACAAGCAGGACAUCUUUGCCAUUCACCCAUAGCUAGACUAGACCUAAAUAAAAAAUAUUAGCUAUCUAGCUGAAUAAUUUCCACGAACUUGUUUGCAAGGAUUUAAACGAAAGAUGUCCAUUGGAGUGCCAAUCAAAGUCCUUCAUGAAGCUGAGGGCCACAUCGUUACCUGCGAGACCAACACCGGGGAGGUGUACCGGGGGAAACUCAUUGAAGCUGAGGACAACAUGAACUGCCAGAUGGCCAACAUCACAGUGACUCACAGAGAUGGCCGUGUAGCCCAGCUGGAGCAGGUGUACAUCCGAGGCAGCAAGAUUCGAUUCCUUAUUCUACCAGAUAUGCUGAAGAACGCACCAAUGCUAAAGAGUAUGAAGAACAAGAACCAGGGAGCUGGAGCUGGGAGAGGCAAAGCUGCCAUUCUCAAAGCACAAGCCAUCUCUUUGCUGGUUGCUGCCCAUGUUAACAAUUCUACAAGGAUUCAUCAGCAAGACAUGGAGGUUUACCGUUGCCACGGACAUCACUGGAUCUCUCUGUGCAGUCACUGUCUGACAUGCAAAUGGUGGAUUGGCUUGGGAGCUUAAUAAGAUACAGGAUCACAUUUCACUAACAUUCAAAUACCUUUUUGACUACAAUUGAAAUAAAGGUUGUAUAAGUAAAUUUA